AUGAAGGUACAACAAGUUACCUUCCGAAAGCAGGCGUACCGCGAGCUGCGGUAUGCGCGCAAACCGCUGCGCUGGGCGCAGCAUCCCGCGGCGCUGGUGGCCGCCGCGGCUUCCCCAGGCGGCGGGCAGGCAGCAGCCGCCGCCAGUCACCCGCCAGCAGUCAACAGCGGCCCGCGCGCAACCAUGGACGCCCCUCCGCUGCGCAAGCCCUCGCCGCGCCGCACGGCCGCUCGCUCCGCACCCGGCGUCGCCGUCGUCUUCGCCCUCGCCGUGCUCUGCUGCGCCCACCCCGCCGCAGGUGCUAACUGGGGAUACAAAGGCUUAGAUGGGCCGGAGUACUGGGGAGGCCUGUGUAAGACGGGCAGCGAGCAGUCGCCGGUGGAGCUGGACUCGGCGAGCGCCACCGUGGUCAACCACCCGCCGCUCGUCUUCUUCGGCUACGCCACCACCAGCCCGGCCAGCGCUGUCAACAACGGCCACAGCGUGGAGGUACGACUGGGCAACCCAUGUCCCGUAGCUGUGGCAUCUGGCGGACUGCCUGGGAUCUACUUGCUGGAGCAGCUGCACUUCCAUUGGGAGGCUGAGCACACCAUUUCAGGAAAGCGGUGGCCCCUGGAAUUACAUCUGGUACACCGGAAUGAGCGCUAUGCCAGUUUGCAGGAGGCGCUCAAAGACAGGAAUGGUGUUGCUGUGGUCGCUGUCCUCUUUCAUGUGUCAGACAUAGGAAGUCAUGUAAUGGAGGUUAUUGGAGAUGCAGUCAGAAAAGUUUCUGUUUCACCAGGAGCUAGUCAAAAGCUUGCAAAUCCCAUAAACCUGCAGGGAUUACUUCCAAAAGACACCUACACUUUUUACCGAUACCAUGGUUCUCUGACAACACCAGGAUGCAAUGAAUCAGUUGUGUGGACAGUAUUUCCAAAUACUAUCCCGGUCACCAAACAACAGAUGGAAGCAUUUCACCGAGUGCGAGGAGUUGAUCUGAAUCCACUGGGAAUCAAUUAUCGCCCUGUUCAGCCUAUCAAUGGUCGUGAAAUACAGCUAAAUUCUGCGCCAGUCACUUUCCACAGCAGUCUACCCCUUUCCAUUUUUGCCAUAAUCCUUACAACUUUUCACAGUCAACUCUGAGUAAUAGCUGAAGGUAACAACAGAAGGAAAAUUUUGUGGUCAAAAUAACCAACAGACAUUUUAGAUGUUAGACAAUGGAGGUAACUAAUUUCAUUUUCAUAAUACCCAUCUAAAAGCAAAAUAUAACAAGUGACUGUGCUGUUGUAAACUUCAUAUGGGACUUAUAUUGGAAAUUUUGGUCGCAUCAGACUUCAUGAAUAUUGCUCCUAAAUGAAUCAUCAGGCCUUCCACAGUUGGAAAGAUGUGGCAUGAACUAAGAACAGCCUCACUUGAAACUUUAUGUGAUGAUUAAAACCUUCCUCCUUCAUUAUUCUUUAACUACAUGACUAAACAGAAGUGCCUUUGGUGUCCUGUAUAAAGUAUUUUGCAAAAAAGGGAUUUGUUAUACUAUUAUGUAAAUAAAAGCUCAUAUUGAGUAUAUGUUACAUGGUUCCCCAUAAUUGCAGACUUGCUGAAGCAGGGUUUUGUAUACCUCCUGAAAUACAGACAAAUGCUCUUUAGGUUACCAUUAAUACAUAAUAACAUUAGCUCAUUAAGGAAAAUAUGAUGACUUAAUCAUAACUGUUUAUAUUACAUUACUCUUUUCUGCUAAGGAAAUGUGAGUAAUCAGUAUUUUUGUGAUACUUUUAACCGCUACCUGAACCAUAUAUGUGUGAAUAUUUCUGUAAAUGAAAAUGGACAUUAGAACAUAAUUUGUUAAUGUAUGUUAUAUUUUGGCAAUUUUUUAGCGUUUCUAUUAUAACUAAAAGUCCAACAGUUUUUUUAACUUGUUGGUCAAGUAAAAUCAAAACUUAAUUCAAUGGUGUACAAAAUUAACAUGUAUUAACAGUUUU